AUGUGUCAAAUAUUUUGAGAAUCGUUUUUGCGAGAAAUUUGAGAAAAGUAGGAGGGUGACCAUUUCUAAAAAUGAAAAUCUGCUUAAGUGUAGCAGGUAUACUAAAGGAAGGGUUAUAGACAAAAGGAAAGUUGUUGAGAGAUAUCCUGGAGAUUAG